GAGCAAACCCGCCCGCUCAGAGCCGCGGCCGCCUGCCCCGGAGCUGCGUCCCGGCCCGCACAGGCCUCGCGCGGCCAUGCGCCCCACGCAGCCCUGGAGCCCCAGCCCCGGGGUGGCGUCCGGGGACUACUCGGGGUCGGGUGUCCCGGAGGAGCUGGAGCCGUGUCCGUCCUGGGACCUGCCCUACGGCUACGCCUGCAUCCCCGCGCUCUACCUGGCGGCCUUCGCCGUGGGGCUGCCGGGCAACGCCUUCGUGGUGCGGCUGCUGGCCGGGCGGCGCGGCCCGCGGCGGCUCGUGGACACCUUCGCGCUGCACCUGGCGGUCGCCGACCUGGGCUUCGUGCUCACGCUGCCGCUGUGGGCCGCGGCGGAGGCGCGCGGCGGCCGCUGGCCCUUCGGCGACGGCCUGUGCAAGCUGAGCUGCUUCGCGCUGGCGGGCACGCGCUGCGCGGGCGCGCUGCUGCUGGCGGGCAUGAGCGUGGACCGCUACCUGGCCGUGGUGACGCCGCUGCGCGCGCGCCCGCUGCGCACCCCGCGCUGCGCGCUGGCCACGUGCGGCGGCGUCUGGGCCGCGGCGCUGCUGGCCGGGCUGCCGUCCCUGCUCUACCGCGGGCUGCAGCCCCUGCCCGGGGGCCGGGGCAGCCAGUGCGGCGAGGAGCCCUCCGACGCCUUCCAGGGCCUCGGCCUGCUGCUGCUGCUGCUCACCUUCGCGCUGCCCCUGGGCGUCACCCUCUUCUGCUACUGCCGCAUCUCGCGCCGCCUGCGCCGGCCGCCGCACGUGGGCCGGGCGCCGAGGAACGCGCUGCGCAUCAUCUUCGCCGUCGAGGGCGCGUUCGUGGGCUCCUGGCUGCCCUUCGGCGCCCUGCGGGCCGUCUUCCACCUGGCGCGCCUGGGGGCGCUGCCGCUGCCCUGUCCGCUGCUGCUGGCGCUGCGCUGGGGCCUCACCGUCGCCACCUGCCUGGCCUUCGUCAACAGCUGCGCCAACCCGCUCAUCUACCUCCUGCUGGACCGCUCGUUCCGAGCGCGCGCGCGGCGCGGGGCCUGUGGGCGCGCCGGCCUGCAGGGGCGCGGGACCAGCUUCUCGCUCUCCGGGGCCUCCUCGCUCUCCAGGGACGACAGCUCGGUGUUCCGGGGCCGGGCCCGGCCGGCGAGCCCCUACUCGGCCUCCCGCUAGCGGCCCCGGGCCGGGAGGGGGCGGCAGC